CUCUUUUAUUGUUUUUUUUAUUGUUUUCAGAUCAUUUUGAUCCUACAGGGGAGUCUUACGAAUAUGCGGACUUUCAGAGGUCAAUUCUAGCUAUUUGUCAUUCAUUAGUGUUUUGUGAUGAACAAUUUCAAGCACAUGGUGUGAAUUUUCUAAUGGACUAUGGAUCCGUCACUAUGAAACAUAUCACGUUUGGCGGAUCGGAAAAUAUGCGUAAAAGAUCGCAGCAUUUCCAGAAAGCCUUGCCCGUGUCAAUCAAACAAUUUCAUCAUUAUAACACAGGUCCGAUAUUUAAUGUGUUGUUACAUAUAUUGAGACCUGCACUCCCCGAAAAAAUGAGGAUACGGGUAUUUAUGCAUGGACACAGUAUGGUUUCAGUGUACAAGACAAUCGAUAUGUCGUUAUUGCCCGAGGAAUAUUUACCCGACGAUUUUGACGGGAAAUGUGCCGGAAGUAUCGAACACAUCACUGAACAAAACAUCCAGAAAUUGAUAUUAGAACCAAGCCGACGUGCUUUUAUUAAGGAUCUUUGGAGUGGAAAUUAUUAUGCUGACCUUUCCAAAAAGCCAGACACUACAUUAAAAUCUCGAGUAGAUGGAGUCUACGGGUCUUUUAGGAGAAUUGAACCUGUGUAAAAGAACAACGUCUUACCAUGACAACCCUUACAAAAGUUUGUGUUAUGACGUAUGCGCAUCAGUGGCAGUGAUUUAAUAUUGGUUAGUGUUGAUUAAGUGAUGGUAAAAUAUCUACACUACAUAUAGAUAGGAUAAUAUGUGUGUAAUUAUGAUGAUUUGAGCCGUGCCACGACAAAGCAAACAUAAUGGAUUUGCGACCAGCAUGGAUCCAGACCAGCCUGCGCGAUCAGGACCCAUGCUGUUCGCUUACAAACCCUAUAACAAGUAGAGAAACUGAUAGCGAACAGCGUGGAUUCUGAUCAGACUGCGCGGAUGCGCAGGCUGGUCUGGAUCCAUGCUGGUCUCAAACCCAUUAUGUUGGUUUUGUCAUGACGCGGCUCAUUUGUAAUAUUAAGUCUUCAUGUGUGAUGAAAAUAUUUGCGAACUUACAUUUCAUGGGGAAUCAAGUCUGAUACCAUUAUUCUCUUAUAUAAAGACUAAUGAGGGUGAAUAGAGGGGAAAAAACAAUACAGUUAUUCCAAACAUGCUUCGCUUUAAUAAGCUUCGUCAGCUUAUAUGAUAAAUAACAAGGGAAAAGACGUUAAAGUACCAAACAGACUAUUUAAAAUUUUUAGUUCUUUUUAAAACUGAAACAAACAAUUCUCUUUAAUGCUAAUGCACUUAAUUAUAAUCGUUUCCUAAAAUAAAGGGUUGUAAAUUGGGGUGAUCCCUGGUCGGGGGCGGCGUCCAGGGAACUUUCAUCUUUGUUCUACAUGCAUGGAUUUAUUUCAACUUUAUUUGACACAAAUGUUCACCACUAUGAGGCAUUAUGUUGCGCACAUAAAAUAGGGAUCACUUUUAAAGGAAAUCGCAUGUCUGAAACAAAUUCCGCAUGAAUUGAGAGAUUUUAAUAAAAAAAAACAUGGCACUAAUUUUUAGCAUUGUAAGCCAGUGUGUUGCAACCAAAAUUCAGGUCCCUGCGGCCAAGAUCAAGGUUACACUUAGAGGCCAAUGUCUGAAAAUUUAAUAGUCUUGAAUUAAGUGAUAAUAUGUGAAAUACAGGGCGCAUAAUUAUUCACUGAACAGGUUUUCCUCACAAUAAGAAGUUGUGUCUCUAGAUCCAAGGUCAAUGUUACACCUAAAGUCCAAGGUCAAUGUUACACCUAGAGUCCAAGGUCAAUGUUACACCUAGAGUUUAGAAGAAAAUGUUUGUCCACGGCAAAACUUCUAAAAACAUAGAGAAAGUCUUAUAUUAAGAUGCACAAAUUUUAAACAUUGGCAUACUUCAGGUCAAGGUCAUAUAGGAUGUUAUCAAGUCCCAUGAAUGUUUGGAUUUCAAUGUAAAUAUUCAUUAAUAAGAAAUACGUCAUUUGUGACGGGCAUAUUUUGUGACAAAUUGUCACUCUUGUUUAAAUAUUAUAUACAUGAACUCAAUUUCGCGCACAGAUCAUAAUCAUGAUUAUAUUCAUAUCAAUUUACCAUAUCACUAAUUAAUUUAUGUGAAGUUUAUGUAAUGGAUAAUUUAUACAAAGUUUCAAAGUGAAUGAAAUGGUCUAGUUAAAUGCUAAAUGCUAAUUAAUUAAUACCUUUCAAGUUAUCAUACAAUACAUUAUUGUAUGACUAUAAAUAAACCACAUAUAACAAUGUUUAUACUAGAGCAAAGGAUUUUUAAACCAAAGUGACGAAAGGAAAGUAGUGAAUAUUGCUUUACCGGUGACUAAAUGCACGUGCUUUACAACAUUUUAAAUACACACAUUUUUAUAGUUUCACAGAUUAAAGCCCGAUAAAAUCAUGUCUAUGUAAACAUAUGUACCGCUAUUGUUUUUGUUAGUUUUACAAUGUAUCAAGUAUCUAAUAUUUUAUAUUUUUAAUAUCUACAGGUUAAUUCCACGGUAUUUAUUUACAUGUUUUAAUAAAUUGUCUUUAUUUUAUCAUGAA